AUGGCUCCAAACAAUUCAAAGAAGGCUGCGCGCCAUGCCCGCGCCACUCAAGACUUCUUCAACCAGGUUCCGGAAUCAUCUGCUGGAGAUUCAGCCAAGACAACCGCCGAGAGCUCCUCAGUUUCUCAACCCACGGAAGUCCAAAAAGUCUUUGACGAACUUGCCAACACCGUCGCAGCUACCAACCCUCGUGCCUUGACUGGAACCUUUCAAGCCAUCGAUCUGAACGGCGACUACAGACAAACUGCUUGCGCUCUUGGAGAGAGGAUUUAUCAGACGUUCAAGAGGAGCCCGCAAGCGGCUCGGGAUACCUUGCGAGGUCUUCUCCACACUGCUUACUCGUCUUUCAACGAGUCGACUGGCAGGACAGAGUGGCGUAUUGACACGGACAUCGAAGGCGAGAUCCUUGAAGGCAUCCGUUCCGGGAAGCUUCUGGGUCUCUUUAUUGACUUGAAACCGCUCCAACCCUUCAAUCCUGUCGAUUUCAAGUACGCCAUCGACUGCCCUCCAUUUCUCGACGAAUUCGACGUGAUUGGCAUCAUUGUCGAUUUCUUCUUGGACUGGUGCGCUGAGUGUGCGGAUUUCCUUCGCCAACGUCCAAAUCUCAAAGAUCUCGACGUCCCCCUCAACGAAUACCGUGACCAACACAUUCCAUUUGUCUGCAUCGGCAUCAUCGAGAUCGCUGCUGCUAUCAAAACUCGAAAGCCCAUCGACCUCGACCCUCGUCCCCUCGAAUUCUUCAUUGCCGCCAGAAUGGGCAACACCACUAGCGAGCAAAACCUCUAUGUCCACGGAGAACCAAAGAAGGUGAUCCGCAAGCGCAACAGUGAAGACAAAGUGAAAGAUACUGAAGGCGCUGCCACCGAGAUGAAGCACACUGCCGAGGCUGUUGAAGAGGAACAAGAUGACAACGAACUCCCCACCAACAUGGAUUUCGCUGCCGAAGGUGCCAAAGACAAUGACGAUGGUAACAAGGAUGCCGCUACCACUGCCACCGCUAGCACUGCCGCUGAAUCCACUGUCACCGAGAUGGAGUACGCUUCUGAAAUCGUCAAAGACGAACACGGCAGCAAUGACACCGCUACUGUGCCUGCUGCUGCUGCUGCUGGCGCUGUCACUGGAACUGCCGCUACUCGUCGCAACGUUGCCGUCACCUCUGAUGACCCCAUUGCGGCUCUGACCUCUGGUGCUCGAACUCUUUCCAUCAACGACCUCCGUGAUGAGGAUCCGCAUGGUCUUCGCAAUCAUCGUUCCAGACAAGCCGCUUCAGCUGUUCCUACCCUCCCCAGCAAUAUCAAUGACAUCCGCGCUCUUCGCGCCGAGAGACUUCGUGCACGCUUUGCCGCCGCCGAAGCUAGAAUGGCUACUUCCCCCGAAGAGCUCGAGAGAAGUCGUGCACGCUGGGCCAACGCCAACGCCGCAGCUAACACUGCUACUCCUUUCCCAGCCGCCACUGACUCAGAUGGUCGUACCCCUACUGGCACUGCUGUUCCUAGCAAUGAUCCACCACGCGCUCGUCGCAACGAGACACUUCGUGCACGCAAUACCAACACCGCAGCUGACACUGCUGCUUCUCCCUCGACUGCAGCUGACGCAUCUGGUGCUGCUUCUAACACUGCCCGUCGUCCCCGUGUUCCGCCUGCUCGUCGCCAAGCUUCCGCUGCGACUGCUGGGUCUGGCAAUGCUUCCGCUCCGCCGCGUGAGACUGCUCGCCAGCGCCAGGCAAAACAACAGCUUUAUCAAGAGUUACAAGAUCUUGUCAAUCGAAACUUUCCGAAUGCAGCAGCCCGCCGCGCUGCCUUCGCUCAAGCUCGACAACGCCUCCUUCAAUCGGAGACCCUGGCUGCUGCCCGUGGUGAGCAACCGUUGCGUGCCACUGCCACUCGCGCCACACAAGAAGCUCUUACCAUUGGGCGCGAUGAUGCGCUGAACGCAGUUCGUCAGCAACGUGCUGCUGAGGCUGCUCGAAUGAGGGCCACGGGAACUGGAACGGAGGCGAAUGCGCGUGCCCGAGAGCAGGGGUUCAACUUUGACAUUGGUGGGAUGAGGGGGUGGCAUGGUGAGCUAGAGGCCAUGCAGGUUCAAGCUUUGCAGUCCAAGAAAGGAGAUGAGAAGAAGAAGCAAGGCGAUGCCGAAAAGAAGGAUCAGAAGAAGGGCGAGAAGAAGGACGAGAAGAAGGACGAGAAGAAGGACGACGAGGAGAAGUGA